AUGAUCGGCAAAGUCUUUAAAAUUGAUGAACGUACCCUUCUUGCCACAAGAGGCCAUUUUGCUCGGUUGGCUGUCACGGUGGAUCUCACGAAACCCUUGAUUACCAGGAUUUUAGUGAACGAGAAACUUAAGGUCAUUGAAUAUGAGGCUCUCCCGAUCGUGUGCUUCCAUUGUGGCGUUUAUGGUCACAUUAAGGAUAAUUGCCCUAAGCUUGUUGUGAACCCGAGUAACACGGAAGGUGCAUCGACUCUGGAGGAGAAGAAGACUGCGGAGGCCGAACCAUCGAAGGAGGAACAGGCAGCGGCUGAACCAUACAGCCCUUGGAUUCUGGUUGAGCCUCGGAAAAGGCGACAAUCUGGAAAUGGGAAGAAUGGAUCUGGUGGCGGGAAAUGUGGGAAUUCCUCCAACGGCUCUCGAUUCAAUCUCCUCGCUAAAAAUCUGGAAAGCUCGUUUGGUCUUGCUGAUUUAAAGGAGAAUGAUAAUAGAAAAGAAAUUAAAAGAGCCAAAGAUGGUGCCAAAAAUCCUGGUGAUAUUAAAGGGAAGAAAGAAGGCAUCAGAAAAAACAAAGGAAAGGAGGUGGUGGAAGAAAUUGUUAACCCUUUCUCUGGAAUUGAUUUAAAUGCCUUUCCAAUUAAUAAUGGGCCAUUUGUUGGACAAGCUGUGGAUGGUCCCCCUGGUUUUGUUAAUAACAGGCAUAAGGGCCGCACCGGAAAAAAAUAA